AAUUCAAAUCGUAAAGUCGGACUUUUCAAUUUUCUGGUCCCAGAGCUUCAAUUGAUACCAUGCAUGUGUCAUUCACUUCAUCUGGCAGCAUCACAAGCAUCUGACGAAUUGUCUAGUUCGCUGGAAUUUCUUAUUAGAGAAACCAACAGCUGGUUUUCAUGUUCUCCGCUUCGUAAAUCUCUAUACAACAGUUUAUAUGCUACGAUAAACGAGGAGGCAAUGAACAGCUUGAUGGAAAAUAAGUGUUACAUGGCACGAGGAGAUCAUCCUUUCAACGAAUUGGCAAUAUUUGCUCUGCGUAUUCUUUGUCUUCCUUUCUCAAAUGUAGCCGUAGAAUGCGUAUUCUCUCAUAUGAAUACCAUAAAAACAAAGCCACGUAAUCGAUUAGAAUUUAAUAUGCUUGUUGCUCUGCUCAGAAUUCGUAUUCAUUUGGUUGUAAUCGAUAAGUGCUGUUGUAAAGAUUUUGAAAUUACAGAAAAAAUGUUGAAACUGUUCACGUCUGCCAUAUAUGAAACAGUAAAUAGUCGUGACGUUUCAUGUUCCGCAAAUAAUAUUGAGAAGGAAAAUGCAUUUGAGGAAGGAUUAACAUUGUUCAGGGAUGCGAGUGAUGAAAAUUGA